UAGAUUGCGUCGGGUCCUGAAGCCUCCUCCUAGAUCAAGGGAAGUUCUGUCGAUCAGCUGAUUUCCUCAGUUACGCACAAUACGCACCUUUCUACCAAGUGACGAUUGUUGGGAUUGCUCACUCUCAUCGGAGACCAACAAGCUAUUACAGAGACUGAUAUUUUCCAGGUGUGCUGAGCAGGCCCACCGUACGCCACCAUGGGGGAGCUGUUCAGAAGCGAGGAGAUGACCCUGGCUCAGCUCUUCCUUCAGUCCGAGGCUGCCUACUGCUGCGUCAGCGAGCUGGGAGAGAUCGGAUUGGUGCAGUUUCGUGAUUUGAAUCCAGACGUGAACGUGUUCCAACGCAAGUUUGUGAAUGAAGUGCGUCGAUGCGAGGAGAUGGAUCGCAAGCUGAGGUUUGUGGAGAAAGAGAUCAAGAAAGCCAACCUCCCCAUCGUGGACACGGGAGAGAACCCCGAGGUUCCUUUCCCCCGAGACAUGAUAGACCUGGAGGCCACCUUCGAAAAGCUGGAGAACGAACUGAAAGAGAUCAACACCAACCAGGAAGCCCUUAAAAAGAACUUCCUGGAGCUGACGGAGCUGAAACACAUCCUGCGGCGUACCCAGCAGUUCUUUGAUGAGAUGGAGGACCCCAAUCUGCUGGAGGAGUCGUCGACCCUGCUGGAGCCCAACGAGGCAGGCAGGGCCGCACCCCUGAGACUGGGGUUUGUUGCCGGGGUGAUCAGCAGGGAGCGCAUCCCCACCUUCGAGAGGAUGCUGUGGAGAGUUUGCCGUGGCAACGUGUUCCUGAAGCAGGCGGAUAUUGAAGAGCCCCUGGAGGACCCAGCCUCUGGUGACCAGGUCUACAAGUCUGUGUUCAUCAUAUUCUUCCAGGGAGACCAGUUAAAGAUUCGCGUCAGGAAGAUCUGUGAGGGAUUCCGCGCGUCCCUGUACCCGUGUCCAGAGACUCCUCAGGAGAGGAAGGAGAUGGCCGCCGGGGUCAACACCCGCAUUGAUGACCUCCAGAUGGUGCUGAACCAGACCGAGGACCACAGGCAGAGAGUCCUGCAGGCCGCCGCCAAGACGGUGCGGGUGUGGUUCAAGGUGAGGAAGAUGAAGGCCAUCUACCACACCCUCAACCUGUGCAACAUCGACGUCACCCAGAAGUGCCUGAUCGCAGAGGUCUGGGGCCCCGUGUCCGACCUUGACUCCAUCCAGUUCGCCCUGCGUAGGGGCACGGAGAAGAGCGGUUCGUCUGUCCCCUCCAUCCUCACAGGAUGCAGACCAAGCAGACUCCGCCCACAUUUCAACAAGACCAACAAGUUCACCUCCGGCUUCCAGAACAUUGUGGAUGCGUACGGCAGCAACUACCGCGAGAUCAACCCAGCUCCAUACACCAUCAUCACCUUCCCCUUCCUGUUCGCCGUCAUGUUCGGCGACAUGGGCCACGGCGCGCUCAUGACCUGCGCAGCCCUCUACCUGGUCCUGAGAGAGAGCAGGCUGCUGGCGCAGAAGAACGACAACGAGAUGUUCAGCAUGGUGUUUGCAGGGCGCUACAUCAUCCUGCUGAUGGGCAUCUUCUCCAUCUACACGGGCAUCAUCUACAACGACUGCUUCUCCAAGUCCCUCAACCUGUUUGGCUCGGGCUGGAGUGUCCGGCCCAUGUUCGACUCCAAAGUAGGAGGCAACUGGACUUUUACAGAUGUUGAGAAUAACCGAGUUUUGCAGUUGGAUCCAGCUAUAAGCGGAGUAUUCAAAGGACCAUACCCGAUUGGCAUCGACCCAAUCUGGAAUAUCGCCGUCAACAAGCUGACGUUUCUCAACUCCUUCAAGAUGAAGAUGUCCAUCAUCCUCGGUGUCAUCCACAUGCUGUUCGGAGUCUCCCUCAGCCUGUUCAACCACCUUUACUUCAAGAAGCCCCUCAACAUCUACCUGGGCUUCAUCCCAGAGAUUGUGUUCAUGGCCAGCCUCUUCGGCUACCUGGCCCUGCUGGUCUUCUACAAGUGGCUGGCGUACGACGCCCGCACCUCCAGAGCCGCACCCAGCCUGCUCAUCGCCUUCAUCAACAUGUUCCUCUUCAACUACAGCGACCCCACCAACCAGCCCCUCUACAGGGGACAGAUGGGAUUGCAGUGUUUGCUGGUGGUGGUGGCGCUGGCUUGCGUUCCCUGUAUGUUGAUCGUGAAAACCCUGGUCCUACGCCGACAGCACGUCUGGAAGCAGAAUCUGGGCACUCAGAGCUUUGGAGGGAUCCGGGUGGGGAACGGACCCACGGAGGACGAGGCUGAGAUCAUCCAACACGACCAGCUGUCCCAGCACUCUGAGGAGGAGCCUGAGGCUACCGAGGAGGAAGUGUUUAACUUUGGGGACAUGGCAGUGCACCAGGCUAUCCACACCAUAGAGUACUGUCUGGGCUGCAUCUCCAACACAGCCUCCUACCUACGACUGUGGGCCCUCAGCCUGGCACACGCACAGUUGUCGGAGGUGCUGUGGACCAUGGUGAUGCACAUCGGCCUGUCAUCUCGAAGCUUCGCCGGCUUCCUGUUGCUGAGCGUCAUCUUCAGCGCCUUCGCCGUCCUCACGGUGUGCAUCCUGCUCAUCAUGGAGGGCCUGUCGGCCUUCCUGCACGCGCUCAGACUGCACUGGGUGGAAUUCCAGAACAAGUUCUACACUGGGCAGGGCUUCAAGUUCCUUCCGUUCACCUUUGAAUGCAUUCUGGAUGGGAAGUUGGAAGAUUGAAGAGGACAUUCCUCACGCCUCCUCCUCUCUCACGCCUCACUGUGCUCAUCUUCACCGGGGUGUUCAGUAGUGAUUCUGAUGGCAGGUACACUUCACCCCCUGGUUGUUGCUUCAGGAACGAUGAUAUUGAAUGACACUCCCUAAAUCACCAAACUGUCAAAAACUGACAAAGAUUUCGAGACAGAUCAAUCUGUUAUAUUUAUCCGUCAUCCCGUCUGUUAAACCAAGCUACAUAUUAAACAUGUUUCAAGCUCAGUGCUUUAGUUUCUCUACCAGAUAACCCAUGACCUAAUUGUAAUUUGGGAUUGGUCUCGAUUAUAUGAUCAAUUAUUUAUUCUCUGAAGGUCUCGUGGAAACAUGCCCAUGUGAAGUCUUGUGUUUAUCUGUCUACUGAGGAUUGUAAAUGAUUUUGGUUCAAUAGUUCUGUUCUGCAGAUAUGUGUUGAUUGAUUCAGACAGGGUUCUGUCAGAGGUGAAGGAUGACUGUCAUCUGACUCGCUCUGAGUUGCACCCGAGCUCCACCCAUCGCCUCACCACCUUUAGGAAACUCAUACAGCUCUAGCGUGUGUUCCAUUGUUAAGUCAGUCCCGCAUCCACCCUCUUUAUAGCUGCUCAGUGAGAAUACACACACACACACACACAAUCUCAGGUUGCACACACAUAGCUCUACUGUGAGGGUCUAAAGGGAAUAACGCAGGACUACUUAUGUGGAUGAUCAUAGCAUUGUCCUCAAUAUGCAGAUGGGUUGAUGUACUGUGUGUGUGUGUGUGUUGACUGUUCCGUUUCAGACAUAUCUGAAUGCAGUGGACUGAGGGGAAUCUGUUUUGUGUAGUCUCGUUAGCCAGAGAUUAUUUAACUGGUCUAAAAUAAAGCCAGACUUUCAGUGAUAAUCCAUGACAAGUCGAGUAUCUGUCAUUGUGUGUAUAAUUGUCAUUCUUGUUGUUGUGCUUGUUUUUCCAGAUGUGUUAACGUAUUAAUUUUCUGUGAAUGUUUACAAUCUGACUGGGGAACUUAGAGGGCGGUAGUGAGGACAGAAGGAUUUUGACAGACAUCCGAACAUUAAUUGUUGUAAGAUCUAUACCGAAUAGGACGGGAGUAGCAUUAAGUAUCUGUGUAUAUGUUUGUCAAUAAAGACAAAGAAAGGGC